CCCUCUUUUUCGUCUCUUAGCCAACAGGUUGUAAAGUCAUUAUUAAUCCAUCUGGUUUCUUCUCAUUAGACCUUCUUGCUUCUUUUUGCACUCCGGUUGAAAUUUGAGGGAAGCAUCCUUGCGUUCAAGUAAACCAUGUACUGCCUGUGGAACAGAAGGUCUGGCUUCAUUCAAAUGUACUGUGUAUUUUUUCUUUACGGAGUUUUUGGAAAAGCCGCCAGUUCAAACUUAAGUAGUGAGGGGUCAGAGGUCCUGAGCCUCACCAAGGAGGUUGCCAAGUGGUGGGGAGAGUGGAGCUCGUGGUCCACCUGCUCUCGUACCUGUGGAGGGGGUGUCCAGUCCCAGGAACGCCACUGCUUGAAGCAAAGGCUUGUUUCAUCACAACAUGUGAACAGCAGUUUAUGCGUUGGCUCAGCAAAGAAAUACCAGCUGUGCCAAAUUCAGGCCUGCCCCAACAACGGGAUCAGUUUUAAACAACAGCAGUGUUCAACCUUCAAUGCCAAAGCCUUCGGUAGGAGGCACUUUAACUGGGUACCCCUCUAUCCAGAUGACUAUAUCAACAUAUCGAACAAGCCGUGUGAUCUGCAGUGCACUACCAGCAAUGGGGAAAGGCAGCUCCUGGUCCCUGCUCACGAUGGCACCUCCUGCAGGGACAGGGCGUUCCAGGGAGUCUGCAUUGAGGGCAACUGUGAGGUAGUGGGAUGUGACGGGAUGUUGUACUCCAGCAAAACUACAGAUAAGUGUGGAGUGUGUGGAGGAGAUGGCAGAUCAUGCUACCGGAUCUCUGGGUCAUAUCGAAAAGCAAUCACACAGUUGGGCUAUCUAUUUGUAACUAACAUCCCUGCCGGAGCAACAGACAUUCAGAUCAUCGAACGACGAAAAACUGAAAAUAUUUUAGCUCUGUCAGAUGAAGCGGGUCAUUUCUUCUUCAAUGGCAACACUGUGAUUGAUAAUCCCAGGAACUUCCGUGUGGCAGGCACAGUAUUCAAAUACAGAAGGCCUUCCAAUCUUUUUGCAGAUGGUUUUGAAUACAUCAUCGCGCAAGGACCCACCAACCAAGGUCUUAACGUGAUGUACUAUAACCUGAAUGGGAAGAUGCCCCACAUCACUUACGAGUACACUGUGCCCAGCUCUCCGGUGCUCAGGACAGCGCCUCCAGUGAUGGAGAUGGAGCUCUACGUCAGCGUCCCCGAGCCUGGUGUGGAAAACACAGGCAUGGGCCCGCAGCCUGAGCAAGACAAGCAAGACCCUAUCCGAGACUUUAAUGGCACAUCAGUGCUCAUGUACGAUGGCAAUGAAAUCGACAGCAACGAGGACUACAAGCGUGGGAAUGACACUCCCCCUGUGACCUCCGAGAGCAGCCCUGCCACACACCUGGGGUCUGAAGGGCUGGUGUGGGAGCUGCAGGCCCCCCUGAACCUCUCCGAUAUCCCCAGCGUUCUCUUCUUUAAGCCUGUGAACAAGCACUUUCAAAAUAAAGUAGGCAAUCGGCUGCAAGAUUUGGAUAGACCGUCCAAAUUUGGUCCCAAGCCUAAUCAGAUCUAUGGAAAUUCUGCCACCCGGAAUAUCACCCGGCGCCCUCCCAAGACUCUUUUCAAGAACCUGUUCUUAAGCCUCCUCUCUAAGCCCGGAGGUCUGCGGAGGGCCUGUAAAAACAGUUCAUUGCAGUUCAUGCUGUGCCUUCAGUCUGGGAGCCCUCAGUCACAGCUCAGCCUCCAAAACUCUACUGCUUUCGUCGACAACAACCUGUCCCUGGAGAUCUACCCCGAGAGUCUCAACUCCAAGCUCCACACAGGGCCUGACGAAAGCAUCUCUUAUAGCAUGAUGCCAGAAGUGGAGUACUCCCAACCCAACUCCUCCCACCAGCUGAACCUGCUCCAUCUCCAUGAUGUGGAGCCCGUUCAGGCUCCUGGUACAGAGAGCAACGAGUUUGAGGUGGGAUCGGUAGAUCAUGACAUCAGCCUGGCUGACUUGUACAGAUGGAAGGUAUCUGCGUAUGCACCCUGCAGUUCAACAUGUACUACAGGAAUCACUUCUUCCUACGCCAUGUGUGUCCGCUAUGAUGGAGUGGAGGUUGAUGAAAGCUAUUGUGAUGCAGUUAUGCGACCAGAACCAACUCAUGAAUUCUGUUCAGGGAAAGAAUGCCUACCCAGGUGGGAGACCAGCAGGUGGAGCGAGUGCUCAUGGACGUGUGGAGAGGGCUAUCGGUUCCGCACAGUGCGCUGCUGGAAGAUGAUGGCGCCCGGGUUCGAUAGCUCUGUGUACGACGAUCUGUGUGAGGCAGCAGAGCUCCAGAGGCCCAUGGAACGGAAGAUGUACAGAAACAAGGGCUGCGGUCCGCAGUGGGAGAUCUCCGAGUGGUCUGAGUGCUCUGCGAGAUGCGGAGGGAAGGGGGUGGUGAGAAGGGAGGUGCGCUGCUCAACGGAAGGCCGUCUGUGCAAUGAAUCCUCUAAACCGCUGAGUGAGAGAGAGUGUGAUGGCCUGCCUUGUGACAGGAGGUGGACUGUGUCUGACUGGGGACCGUGCUCAGGGCCCUGCGGUGAGGGCCGGAUGAUGAGAUACGUGGUUUGCAAGAACAGCAACGGGAACGUCAUCUUGGACUCGCAGUGUGAUCUGGAGCUGAAGCCCCUGGCCGUGUACCCCUGCGGGGACAAGAACUGCCCUGCCCACUGGGUGGAGCAGGAGUGGGAGCAGUGUAAUGCCACCUGUGGUCGGGGGGCGAAGACCCGGCAGGUGAUCUGUGUUGGACUGGAGAACGGGGUCUACAAGGAGUAUCCUGAGCAGAGCUGCAGCCUCUCACAGAGGCCCGAGGAGGAGACUGCCUGCUUUGAGAGGCCCUGCUCCAAAUGGUUCACCACAUCAUGGUCACAGUGCAGUAAGACGUGUGGGAGUGGGGUGAAGGUGCGGGAGGUCAAGUGUUACCAAGGAGAGGAGGUCGGGCACAGCUGCGACCCAGGGACCAAACCAGAAUCCAGGCAGACAUGCGAGAUCCAGCUCUGCCCCACUGAAGCUCCAGAUGAGGUCUGUAAGGACAAAGCUACUGCAAACUGUGCCCUCGUUCUGAAGGUGAAACUCUGCACACACUGGUACUACAGGAAGGCCUGCUGUCAAUCGUGCAAAAACAAGACCCAAUAGGACGAGGAGGGAGACAGAAAACUGCAGGAGAGAGGGAUGUGAGAGCUGUCUGACAACAGGACAUCUAUAAGUAUCAAAUCUAAUAGGUUCUAGACUUGUCUGAAGAGGUAGGCUCUUGAGAAAUACCGGACUGUUACAGGCUGCAGAGGCCCCAUGCAUCUCGGUUUCACAAGGACUGGGUAAAAGCCAGAAGGACCAGAGGCAAGGCCUAUAAUUACCUUUAGAGAUUUUUACCUGUAUGAAUAUGUUUCUUACUCGUGACUGUAGAAGUCAUAUUUUUUGUAUUUGAUUUGUACAUAUGUUUGUAUAACCAACCAUUUGUUUAGGAAGAAAUAGAAUAUAAAAUAAAGAUUACUUUGAAAAGUAA